AUGGUGCCUAAGUAUAGUCAACAUUACCGGGCAGACUGGGAGAAAAUGGCAGACUUUAAAGAGUGGUUGCAGCCCGUUGAAAACGAUACUUCGAAAGCGUACUGUAAGUAUUGUAAAUGCGAAAUGAUUGCAAAAUUGUCUGUUUUGAGGCUACAUAUUUCAUCAGCAAAGCACAGAAAAGCAAUAGAGCCAAUGAAGAGUCAAAAAAAAAUUAACUUCCCUAAAGUAAAAAAAGAUCUGAAUACCCAGAAAGCAGAAUCUUCGCUGGCUUUGUUUGUUUGCGAGCACUGUGCAAUUAUGGCUGUAGAUCAUUUAUCGGAACUAUGCAAAUACCGAUUUGUCGACAGCAAAUACAGCGACAUCAAGUUACAUCGAACCAAAUGCACGAAUAUUAUUAAAAAUGUUUUGGCACCACACUUCAUUCAAGAAAUUGUGACAGAUUUAGGAGAUCAGGAGUACAGUCUCUUAAUCGAUGAAUCGACAGAUAUAUUGGUACUUAAAAUGCUUGGUGUUUCGAUAAGAUAUUUCAGCCGAUCAUUAAAAAAGAUAAUUUCCACAUUCUUGGGAUUAGUUGAGAUUGAAGACGGAACUGCAGUCAGCAUAGUGAACGGCAUUAAAGGAUUGUUGGCAGAAAUAAAAAUAAAUUUAAAGAAAUUGAUCGGUAUCGGCACGGAUAACGCUUCGGUCAUGACAGGAACUAACAGUGGAGUGCACGCAUUGUUGAAAAAUGCAACUGGUAAUGACAAUUUAGUGUUAGUCCGCUGCGUGUGUCAUUCGUUACAGUUGGCUAUGUCUCAUGCUUCAGCAGAAACCCUACCAAGAAAUGUUGAAUUUCUUAUAAGAGAAACCUAUAACUGGUUUAGCCAUUCAUCAAACCGAAGACUCUUUUACAAAAACAUGUUUCAAACGAUCAACGGUGGCUCCGUUCCAUUGACAAUUCUACAGAUGUGCAAUACCCGAUGGAUAUCAAUUGAACCAGCGGUCUGCCGUAUUCUUGAUCAAUGGAUAGAAUUAAAAACCCUGUUUGAAAUUGCCAGGCGAGAUGAACACUGCUAUACGGCAGAAAUACUAUAUAACAUGUAUAAUGAUCCACAGAAUCAUUUGUACUUAUUAUACAUAAGACCUAUCUUACAGGAAGUUCAAGUGGUAAACAAGUUGUUUGAAAGUAACGAUGUUGACCCAACAAGAUUGUACAAUGAUUUGAUUGGCUUAGUGGAAUCGAUAGGUCGGCGUAUUCUGAACCCAACGGCAAGGGUAGAUAUUUUAACAGAAGACAUAGAAAGCUAUUUAGAUCCGAAACCAUACAUGGGAUAUGCUUUUGAGACCAAAUUACUUGAAUACAAUCUUCAGCCUAAUGCAGCAAACUAUUUACGCCAACGUUUUCAAGAGACUUUAAAAGUAGUUAAGCCAUCCAUUGUCGAAAUAGCCCAAGAGUUCCGAGUUAAUGCACCUAUGAUUGAAAAACUGGUAUCUCAAUGGAGAAAUAUAGUUCACAUUAAAUGGGAAUCCUUGACUUCCACAGUAAAGUUCUGGAAUGAAGUCAUGCAAUAUAAAGAUGCAGCUGAUAAUAACCCCUUUGCAGAGUUAUGUGAGUUUGCAAUGUCUCUUAUAUCAUUGCCACAUUCAAAUGCGGACGUUGAACGUGUAUUCAGCCAAAUGAGUCUGGUAAAAACAAAACUCCGAAACCGUUUGGCGGUGAGAACCCUGAAUGCCAUUUUGUACGUUAGGUUCGGCCUAAAAAGAGCAGGAAAGUGCUGUUACUCUUACACUGUUCCAGACAAUGUACUACGCAGUAUCGGAACCAAAGAGUAUUACGACUCCGGCUCUCAGCCUUCCACAUCAGCUGAUGUUGAUGAAGAUGAAGACCUUAAUAUUCUAUUCCCUUGA